AUGGCAAGCACAGCAAAGGCCGUGGCCUUUUCCCCGGCUCCCUACCAUAUCAUCACCUAUGGAACACUCUUGGGAACGACGUUCUUUCACUCUUUCAUCAAUGGCAUCGUAAUGUUCAAGGCCGUUGACCGUGCCAGCUUCUCCGCCAUCCAGCAAAAGCUCUUCCCCAUCUACUUCGGCCUUCAGACUGUUCUACCCGGUGUACUCGCUCUAACAUUCCCUGGAAACACUCUCAUUGGUCUCGCAAAUGGUCCCGCUGGUUUGGUGUCGGAAUUUGCCCGCUGGCACUCCCUGUUGCCCAUUAGUGCCAUGGCUAUCACCGGUGCUAUCAACCUGACUGUUCUCCUGCCUAUGACUGUUGAGGUUAUGAAGAAGCGACGUGGACAAGUCAAGCGAGAUGGUAAGGAGUGGUAUGCUGAGGGUCCUCACUCAGACGAGAUGAAGACUCUGAACAGAAAGUUCGGCAUGCUUCACGGCAUCUCAUCUCUGCUCAACCUGGCUACGUUUGUGGCUGCUAUCGGAUACGGGUUCACUCUUGGAGGUCGCGUUCUGUCUGUUGCAGACCUUGCCUAA